AAUAAUGUCAAUAUAUUGACAUUUGUCUGCAUUAGGUAUACAAAAGACAUCUAUUACUUGAAUGAGUGGUCAAAGCGUGGAAGUGGUGGACACAGUAGUCUUCAAACUGUAUACAAAAAACUAAAAUAUGAUGAAAACUACCGGUGCUUAUAGUUAACAAAGUUGAUGACAGAUGACGUGCUAUUGGAUGUGUUCACAAGUGAUGCCAUUGUGUUGACAGCGAUUGUGAUAAAAAUGGCGGUACUUUUGCCACAAAUUGUGGCCGACGUGUGAAACGCCGGCAACCGAUCGGACACUUCAAUGAAUCACUGAUUCUGGACAUCACUUAACUCUUCAACUAUUACUGACUGUUGACUUUGGUUAUCACAUAAUCAGUAGUCAUGUCUUCAGACGAGAACAGCAGUGAUACAGACGACUCGUUUGAGACGAAAAUAAAACCAUCGGCUAAAACAAAGAAGAAGAAGGAUUGCGGAAAGUUAUCCAUUGAAAGGAUAUACCAGAAGAAGACUCAGUUGGAACACAUCCUUCUCAGACCUGAUACUUACAUCGGUUCCGUCGAGAAGGAGACAAAGCAAAUGUGGGUCUUUGAUGAAGAACAAGGGAUGCAAUUGAAAGAGAUUUCAUACGUUCCCGGAAUUUACAAGAUAUUUGAUGAAGUGUUGGUCAAUGCGGCCGAUAAUAAACAACGAGACAAAGGCAUGAAUUGCAUUCGCGUUGAUAUUGAUCCUGAGAAAAAUGAAAUAACAAUUUUCAAUAACGGAAAAGGCAUUCCUGUGAUUGAACACAAAGAAGAGAAAAUGUUUGUUCCGACCCUUAUAUUCGGUCAUUUGCUGACCUCAUCCAACUAUGAUGACAACGAAAAGAAAGUGGUCGGCGGUCGCAACGGUUAUGGAGCCAAACUGUGCAAUAUAUUUAGUACCAAAUUUAAAGUGGAAACGAGUUUUAAAGAGUAUAAGAAGGCAUUCUCUCAGAUCUGGACGGAUAACAUGAUGAACACAAAAGACCCAAAAAUAACGACGUCUUCGGGAGAAGAUUUCACACGAAUCACAUUUUCUCCGGAUCUCUCAAAGUUCGGAAUGACUCAACUCGACAAAGAUAUCGUUGCUUUGUUCUCUCGACGGGCUUAUGACGUGGCCGGCAGUACUAAAGGUGUUAAAGUAUUUUUAAAUGGUAAACGACUUCCAGUUAUGGGCUUUAAAGACUAUGUCGAACAGUUCAUUAAAGACAAAGAAGAUGAUACUGGAAAUCCAUUGAAGAUGGCGUACGAACAGGUGAGCGACCGAUGGGAGAUUGCCUGCACUGUCAGCGAUAAAGGAUUACAACAAAUUAGUUUUGUCAACAGUAUUGCCACCACAAGAGGUGGUAAACAUAUUGAUUAUAUUGCCGAUCAAAUUGUGCACAAAAUGGUUGAUAUUAUUAAAAAGAAAAACAAAGCCGGAAUUAAUAUCAAACCGUUUCAAAUUAAAAAUCAUUUGUGGAUUUUUGUCAAUUGUCUCAUUGAAAACCCGACAUUUGAUUCGCAAACCAAAGAGACAAUGACUUUACAACAAAAGAGUUUUGGUUCCAAAUGUGUUCCUUCAGAUAAAUUCUUUAAUGCUGUCAAUAAAACAGGAAUCGUUGAGUCAGUGAUGACUUGGGUUCGAUUCAAAGCACAGACUGAACUUUCCAAACAAUGUCACUCAAAAAAACAGUCAAAAUUGAAAGGUAUUCCCAAACUGGAAGACGCCAACGAUGCCGGAACUAAACACUCAAUUGAUUGUACAUUAAUUCUCACUGAAGGAGAUUCAGCAAAAUCUUUAGUUGUCGCAGGUCUGGGAGUUAUAGGUCGCGACAAAUACGGUGUAUUUCCUCUAAGAGGAAAAAUGCUUAAUGUUAGAGAAGCGACUCAUAAACAAAUUCUGGAGAAUCAAGAAAUCAAUAAUUUGAUUAAGAUUUUAGGUCUUCAGUAUAAAAAACAAUACGCAAGUAUUGAUGAUUUGAAAACAUUACGUUACGGCAAAUUGAUGAUAAUGACUGAUCAGGAUCAAGACGGGUCACAUAUUAAAGGUCUACUCAUUAAUUUUAUUCAUCACAAUUGGCCAAAACUUCUUGAGCUAAACUUUUUAGAGGAAUUUAUUACUCCAAUUGUCAAAGUGUCAAAAGGUAGUGAAGUCAAGUCUUUUUAUAGUUUACCAGAAUUUGAAGAAUGGAAGAAAGAAACGUCUAAUUGGAAUAAUUGGAAAAUCAAAUACUAUAAGGGUUUGGGCACUUCCACUGCCAAUGAGGCUAAAGAAUACUUUUCAGAUAUGAUAAGACAUAGAAUUAAAUUCAAAUAUUCCGGUACUGAUGAUGACUUAGCAGUUAAGUUGGCAUUCAGUAAGAAAUUGGUUGAACAGCGAAAGGAUUGGCUAACAAAUAGUAUGGAAGAGAGAAAAAAGAGACGAGAGUUAGGUUUACCCGAAGUUUACUUAUAUGAGAGCAAUACUAGAAGUGUUUCAUAUAAAGACUUCGUCAACAAAGAGCUGAUUUUAUUUAGUAAUAUGGAUAACGAGCGAUCCAUUCCUUCAUUAAUGGAUGGCCUUAAACCAGGACAAAGAAAAGUGUUGUUUACAUGUUUUAAAAGAAAUGACAAACGAGAGGUUAAAGUGGCACAACUGGCCGGUAGUGUUGGUGAGCACAGUGCCUAUCAUCACGGAGAAGCAUCACUCAUGUCAACCAUUAUAAACUUAGCGCAAAACUUUGUCGGCAGUAAUAACAUUAAUCUUUUGCAACCAAUUGGACAAUUUGGUACUCGUCUGCAGGGAGGCAAAGAUGCCGCCAGUCCUCGAUAUAUCUUUACAAUGUUGAGUCCAUUGGCUCGUAAAAUAUUCCCAGCAUUAGACGAUCCGCUACUUAAUACUCUUAUGGAUGACAAUCUUAAGAUUGAACCCGAAUAUUAUGUACCGAUUUUGCCAAUGGUUUUAGUGAAUGGCGCUGAAGGUAUCGGAACGGGUUGGAGCACUAAGAUUCCGAAUUACAAUCCAAGAGAAAUUGUUCAAAACUUAAGAAGAAUGAUUAGAGGAGAAUCAACUGAAACAAUGCAGCCGUGGUUUAAAAAUUUUCGCGGAAAUAUUAUUCAAAUUGAUUCACAAAAAUAUGUUAUUAAUGGAGAGGUUGGCAUUUUGAAUGAUAAAUCAUUUGAGAUAACAGAGCUUCCGGUUAGGGUAUGGACUCAAACAUAUAAAGAAUCGACUUUAGAGGUAUUACUUCACGGAACUGAGAAAACUCCAUCAUUUAUAAAUGAAUACAAAGAAUAUCACACGGAAUCGACUGUUAAAUUUAUAGUCAAUCUUUUGGAAGCGAAUCUUAAAAAAUCAUUGGACACCGGAAUUCACAAGACAUUUAAAUUACAAUCAACACUAUCUACUACAUCAAUGGUGUUGUUUGAUCACAAUGGAUGUCUUAAGCGUUACGAUUCACCAGAAGAGAUAAUUGAAGAAUACUUUCCGGUUAGACUUGAAUUUUAUGCAAAACGAAAAGCUUAUUAUGAAGGAAAACUCGAAGCCGAAGCUCUAAAGUUGGAAAAUAUGGCCAAAUUUAUACUCGAGAAGAAUGAUGGAACCAUUCGAUUAGAAAACAUUAAGAAAAAAGAUUUUAUUCGACAAUUAAUUGAUAAACGAUAUGAUUCAGAUCCAGUGAAAAGCUGGGAAAAGAAAUACAAAGACGGCGACGACGCCGAACCAAGUGAUGAUGAAAACGACUAUUUUUCAUAUGAUGACAGAAAUGAUGACACAUUAAAGAAGUAUAACUACGACUACUUGUUUGAUAUGAAAAUGAGUUCAAUGUUGAGGGAAAACAUAGAACGACUACUUAAAGAAAGAGAUACCAAAAAACAAGAAUUAGAAGAUUUAAAGAGAAUGACUGCUGAAAUGCUUUGGGAAAAAGAUUUGACAGACUUUUUAGAAGAAUUAGAUCGAGUCGAAGACAAUGAACGACAGGUCUCGUCGAAACCUAUAAAGUCGGCCAAAUCGGGAACAAAUAAGUCAAGAGGUGGUACCACAAAAUCAACCUCAAGACUCAGCUAUGAAGCCAAACCUUCAGAUUUUGCCGAAAGAAUUGAACCAAAAAUUGAUUUCGAGAUCUAUAAGAAAAGUGAUAAAGCAAUUAAAAAAGCAAUUGAAAAGAAAAAGACAAACAAUGAAAAAGACAGCGAAAGUGAUGACGACUUGGGACGAUCCCUAUCAGAGAGAAUCGGCGUUUCGCCACAAAUUAUUGAUGAAAAGAGAGGUAAAAGUAAAACCAUUAAAUCAUCACUUAUUACUGAUUUAAGUGAAGAUCUCAACAAUGAAAAGCCGAUUAAGAAGAAACAAACGAAAAAGAGUGAGAAGAAUGAGAAGAGUGAGACAAAUAAGAAGAAGAAGAAAGGAGAAGACAAGAAAAAGAAAAAGAAGAGUCCGUGGUCUGACUCAGAGUCUGAUGACGAACAAGAUUAUGAUUUCCAUGAAGACAGUGAUGAUGAAGAUAAAAGUGAAUACAUACCUUCUAAUACUAGUACUCGCAUUGUCUCUAAACCAAAAACAAUAACCGAAGACAUAAAUAAAGAAGAUUUUGUUUCAUUGAAUUCAAUCAGUGAUCAAAAGAAAGAAGAGUUAAAAAAUACAAUCAUUAAGAAGAGUGCUUUUGUGGACAGCGAUGACGACUUGUUUAGCACUUCAACCACUAAAACAGUUUCUAACAAAAGGACGAGUGAAGAACUCUUUGACUCACUUUUUACCAAAAAUGAUAAAUUAAAUGAUAAUCAAAAUGGUAUUAAAGAAUCUAAAAAUGGAAUUAAUAACAAUCAUAUCGAUAGCGAUGAUAGCUAUGAGAGAGAAAAUGACAAAAAACAAGAAUUGGAGACAAUAUUUGAAAAUAAACCGACGAAGGCGUCGAAGAAAGCUUUUGAUUCUGAUUCAGAUAAAGAGUUUGAAUUAGAUUUGGAAACCAAACCUAAACUAAAAGCCACGAAAGCUUCGAAAAAAGCUUAUGAUUCUGAUAACGAUUCGUCAAAAUCUAAGCCAAAAAACAAUAAAAAGGCGUCAAAAUCUAAAAAGAAGAAGAAAACAACAGAUACUGAAGAAUCGGAAGAAGAGAAACCGAAAAAGAAAAAGUCCAAAAAGGGUGUCGAAAUGAUAGAUGGUUUUGAAAUACCUCCCGAAUUAAGAGAAAAGUCAGGUCGAGUGCGACAACCCGUUAAAUAUAAUUUCGGUGACGACUCCGAUGAUUAAACCAUACAAUAAUAAUAUAUUAAUAAUUCUUUUAAUAUAAACUUUUGUACUGCAAAUACUACUUUUUAAAAAAUUUUAAGUUUAUUUUUAUUCAUUUU